GAAUAGGUACAACUUUCAAGAGAUCAUUAUGGUGCGAAGACGGUCAUACAUAUUGGGCGCCAUGGCAUUUGCGGUGACAUGGGCGAUAGCCGCGGGCAGCGAUACACAAGGAGUGUCAUCAACCGCUGCCACAGAGCGCGCGGCAACCACCGGGAGCUUCUGGCAGGGCUUCCUCGCUUCCCUAUCAGUCGUCAUAGUCUCCGAGCUCGGCGACAAAACCUUCUUCAUAGCCGCCAUCAUGGCAAUGAAGCACCCUCGCAUCAUCGUCUUCGCCGGCGCCAUAUCUGCCCUAGUCUUCAUGACGAUCCUAUCUGCCGCUUUCGGCUGGAUAGCGACAUACAUACCAAGGAUAUACACGUAUUAUAUCAGCGCGGCGCUCUUCGCUAUAUUUGGUAUAAAGAUGCUAAGGGAUGGGUGGAAGAUGGACCCUAAUGAGGGACAGGAGGAGUUAGAAGAGGUGCAGAGUGAAUUGAAAAGGAGGGAGGAUCAGGACGAAAAAGAAGAGACCUUAGACAUGCUAGAACAGGGUCAAGCAGAGAACAGACGGCGGAAACGAAACGCCGUUAUUAAGGUGCUCCUCCAAGCCGCGACCCUAACGUUCCUCGCGGAGUGGGGCGACCGGUCGCAGCUGGCGACCGUCGUGCUGGCGACGCGCGAGAACGCGGUCGGCGUCGUGGUCGGCGGCUCGCUGGGGCACGCGCUGUGUACCGGCCUGGCGGUCAUAGGGGGCAGGAUGGUGGCGCAGAAGAUUAGCGUUAGGACUGUGACGAUAAUCGGUGGUCUGGUAUUCCUGUUCUUCGCCGUGAGCGCGCUGUUCAUGGGCCCCGAGUAAUAUAGACAAUCCGUACGAGUAAGUGACAAUAUGUUAUGUAUGUUGUAUUGUAUAGUUCCUUUGUGCACUUAAUACGCUCCGAGAAUUUCAUUCGAUCUUGUAUAUUGUUGAGAGAUCGAAUUUUACGUAUAUGCCGGUUCAUAAAUGUGACGUUAUCUAUAAAGGGACUUUAUUGACGAUGGCGCUUACGCCAUUAUUGAAGAUGCUCCGGUAUAAAUACAAUGCCGCGCGACGACGUUCGGCGUAAGCGCCAUCGACAAUAAAGUCCCUUUUCAUAGAUAAAGCCCCAAAUAUGUAUACAUUUGUGUCGUUUUCAAGCAAAAAACCACCUUGACGCUUGCCACAAGGUUGUCCUUUUGGUAAACGACAAUGUGGUAACUUUUGCUUGAAAACGUCACAUUUUUUCUCCUAAUUGCACUGGAUUGAGGUAAAAAAGUGUUUACAUGUAUGUUUAUGAACUUGACUGUAUAUAUGUGUAAAAAAAAACAAUUUUACAGUGACGAAGAGUUGUUUUAAAAAUUCUUGCCUAUUAUUUGACAACUGUCAUAGGAUGGCGCUGUACCACUCCCUACAACUCUGGUUUACAAAAGUUAAAUAGUUCACGUUUGACUAGAGUUUGAAAGUAUGUUUUGUGGCACAGUACCAUUUACUUCAGCUGUCAAAGUCAGGGAACUAUUUCCCUUAUAUCAUUAAUAACUCUUUGCUGUCCAUCAAUAAGGGCUCAUUAAGACGAUGCGAGAACUCGCAUGCGAGAUACAUUACAUUGCGGGUUUGAUCGGUCGGUUGAAUUGGAUGUAACCAACAGUCCGCAAUGUAACUAAAAUCCCAUACGAGUUCGCGCGCCGUCUAAAUGAGCCCCUAAAUGUGGCUUUCCAUAGAGAAGGGUCCUUAUGAUCCAUGUGCAACAGGAAUGUCACAUGUAUAUCGAUAUGGGCUAAUUUGAAUGCCUCGACGUCUGAGAGGGAUUCUAUAGAUAGUCUCGACUAUUCUGAGAAUUUACGUGCAUAUUGACAAACUAUAGGAUCAGAAUGAUUGUGUCAAAUUCAAAUGGCGACCGCUAGAUGGCGCGGGCGUACGCGGGUGCCAUUUUAGAUAAAUCCGUCGCUCGCGUCCGCGCCAGUCACCGGCGCCCAUAAUAUUUUUACGAUAAAGGCUCAUUUAGACGGUGCGAGAACUCGCAUGCGAGUUUCAUUACAUUGCGGUAUUUGAUUGGUCGGCUGAAUUGGAUACAACUAAUAGUCAUCAAUGUAACUAAACUCUCAUACGAGUUCGCGCACCGUCUAAAACAGCCAUAACCCGCUCGCUCCGUGCACCCGCGCCAGCUAGUGGACGCGCAAAAAGGUACUUAUUUCUUCUUCUUGGACGUGUAAAAUUGCUGUAACUGUCAAUAAGGGUGAAUCAACUUUUUAGUGUCACUCGUUGUCAUGGUUACGUACUCCUGGGCAACUAUUAAAAGCCUUUUUACUGAAACAUUAUUUUUUGUGGUAGUUAUUUCCAUAAUUUUUUUUUAUUUUUUUAUUAUGAAUGGGCUUACUCAUGGCCACAGACUAGCCGAGGCGUAGACGUGGCCUACGAUGGAGCGAGCUCGCCCAGAAGGUGCCUGUUCACUCUUGAUUUGAAGGUUGCCGGGUUAUAAGAACACGGAAAUAUAGACGCCGGCAAGGAAUUCCAUUCCUUGGCAGUGCGCAUAAGGAAAGUAGAAGCAAAGCGCUUCGUGCAAAUUGGUGGAAUAUCUACCAAGUAAGGAUAAUGGAUUGAAUGGACCAUUAAGCAUGGUAUAGUUUUUUCACAGACCUUGGGUAGGUACCUACGGUGACAGUACACAUACACAUUUUGCGUUUUAAGACUUUUAAGGUUAUAAAUUGUAUGGAAAUUACAGGUAUAUAAGCUACAUAAAAGUGACUAAAUAGUAGAGAGUGAUACUACAUUUUUACUAACAAACUGUAUCACUAAUGUCCCUUGGGAAACGGGAUAGCACAACGACACAAAAAGUUGAUUCCACUCAAUUAAAUAAAAUGAUUAUCUAAAAAAGAUAACCACUUGACGAUUAAAUGCUAGGACAAUAUUCGCAAUUAAAAUCAUUGAAUUAUUAUUACUAUAGACACGCCAUAACCAAACAAUGAAAUUGUCGUAACCGCCGUAAAAUUCAUGGCGCUUACGCGUUUAGGUCGCGAGAUUUACGCUCUGCUUCUAUGGUUUGAUGUCAAAAUAAUAUCAACUCACGGCGCAAAAUACUGGUUCUCUGUGCCGGUUCAAUACGUUAGUAAUAACUAUAGUCGCACCAAUAAAAGUCUGCAGCGGAUUUGAUAGCCCACGCAGUGGAAGUGUUAUUUAUACGUCAUAAUUUCAUACAAGUUUGAAGUUUAAAAUGACACUUGCUCUGCGUGGGCUAUCAAAAUCGCUGCAGACUUUUUACGGUCUAACUAUAAUAAUAGUUCAAUGAUGAAAAUAGACUCGCACUAAGAAAAGUCUGCAGCGGAUUUAAUGGCCCACACAGUAUAUAGUUCGUUUUUUUUAGCAUUAGAAAGAACUCUACAGAAGCAAGCGUGCAGUUUUUAUCAGGCUCUUUAAUUGUUAAUAAUUAUUGAAUUAUCUAAUGUAGCAU